CGCCAUCCCCUCCCUGUCGAGUUACAGGGCUUGAGUCCGGAGGAGAUCGAGCACCUCAACGUCAAGCUCAGGAGAAAGAUCGAUGCGAGGUUAUUACCGAUGUUGGUGAUUAUGUACAUUAUGAAUUACUUGGACAGGAACAACAUCGCCAGUGCCCGUCUCGGCGGUCUCGAAGAUGAUCUCGGACUCAGCUCCGUUCAGUUCCAAACAACUGUGUCCAUCCUCUUCGUGGGAUACCUCCUUAUGCAACUUCCCUCCAACCUCUUCCUUGACGCAAUCGGGAAGCCAUCGAUUUACCUCCCGACCGCCAUGGUCAUCUGGGGCGUGAUCUCCACCGCUACAGCCGCCUGCCAAGGUUUUGUGGGUCUUCUAAUCUGUCGAUUCUUUCUUGGAUUUAUCGAAGCCGCGUACUUCCCAGGCUGUCUAUUCUUCCUUUCGUCAUGGUACACGAGAAAGGAACUCUCCUUCCGCACUGCGGCGCUCUAUUCCGGCGCUUUGAUCUCGGGUGCUUUCUCAGGACUGAUCGCUGCCGGAGUUGUAGACGGCAUGGACGGACUCCACGGCUUACGCGCUUGGCGAUGGCUCUUCAUCAUCGAGGGCGCGCUGACCGUGGGAAUCGCAUUCCUCGCCAUUUGGAUCCUUCCGGAUUUCCCUGCUACAACGAAAUGGCUGACUCCCCAAGAACGCGCACUCGCAAUUUACCGUCUCGAAAUCGAUGCAGGCGAGGUUGAUGCUGAUCGUGGACACGGCGCGGGUGCGAAGAUGAAGUUCUUGAUGAAGGGGGGUGCGUUGGCGUUCAAGGACAUCAGGACGUACAUGCUCAUGGUUGUCUUACUGGGAAUUGUCUCCUCGGGUGGUGUCACAAACUUCUUCCCUACGGUCGUUGCCACGCUCGGAUAUAACCGCGUCAACUCCCUCCUCCUCACCGCUCCUCCAUACGUCCUUGCGGUGGCCUGUACUUUUUUCAACGCCUGGCACGCAGACAGGACAGGUGAGCGAUUCCUCCACAUCGCAAUCCCACUCUGUAUCUCAAUUGCCGCGUUCAUCAUCGCCGCCUGUACCAUCAAACUCGCCCCUCGAUACUUGAGUAUGAUGCUUAUGGUCCCCUCCGUCUAUAGCGCCUUCGUCGUCGCCCUAGCGUGGAUCUCGAACUCCAUGCCUCGGCCACCGGCUAAGCGCGCCGCUGCCUUGGCGUUUAUUAAUGCAGUCUCGAACGGGUCGUCGAUUUAUGUUAGUUAUUUGUAUCCGUUGAGUGAUAGUCCGAGGUAUCAGAUGGCGAUGGGGGUUAAUGCUGGAACGGCGGCUGUUUCGAUUUGUAUGGCGUUUGGCUUGAGAACGCUGUUGAGGAAGAUGAAUAGGCAGUUGGAGAGUGCGGAUAAGGGGGAGUUUGGAGCGACGGGGGAGAUUCCUGGUGGUGGCGGGGUCUCGGUGGAGCAGGCAAAGAGUGGUUUUAGGUAUUUGACUUAGGUAUUGUAUUGUGGACCAGCUGCAGUUCGAAGUGCCUCAUAGCCAAUUCAGAACACUCCUUUCAAGACAAAUGAAGAGU